UACACUCGAUACAAUCGAUGAAUGCGAAUUUUCAGUUAUGUCCGACAUUGAAAACAUAGACCCUUUUUUAGGCGCUAUUUCCAACACGAGAAAUGAUUCUGAUUCUGAGGAAGAAUUAGAAGCAGAAGAAACUAGAUCAGCUAGACCAACAGUAGCGAUAAAUUACCAGUAUAAACCAGGAGUUAAAACCCACUAUUGCUGUCAAAUUGACAAAGAAAUUCACACUGAAGGAACUGUCAUUUUGAUUACUAAUGCACAGAAAACAUCUGACGAUAGUGGGAGUUCGUUUAUUACAUACACAGUAAAAGUAGGGGAAGAAGAAGUUAAGCGGCGCUAUUCAGAAUUCGAAUCCUUGAGAAAAUCCUUAAUGAGAUUAUACCCCACAUUGAUAGUUCCGCCAAUUCCCGAGAAACAUUCAUUUGCUGAUUAUGCGACUUUGCAAGGCAAGGCCAAAGAAGACGUCGCAAUUAUCGAGAAACGUAAAAGAAUGUUGCAAAGUUUCUUAAAUCGUGUAUCAAACCAUCCACAACUUUCAAACGAACACGUGUUUCACAAAUUUUUGGAAACUGGAGUUUCUUGGAAUGAUGUGUUGAAAUCUCGUCUGCUUUCCAGUUUGCCAAAAAAUAUUCUUCAAGGAUCUCCUGCUAAUCUUUCGUCGUCACAUCCCUCUAGUGCGUCUUCGUCACCUACUAGUAGCACGGUUCAGCAGACCGUACUUCCUAAUCCGAAUGCUUCUCAGCCAUUAAAAAAUCCUGAUCCACGGUUUAUAGAUUCUGAAGCAUAUACAAACAAAUUUGCAUAUCAUAUAAGUCAAAAUUUAGAAAAGACAAACAAGAGAACUUGGAAACGUUUGAAUGAUUUGUCAAAUGAUUAUGCCGAGCUAGGUGCAAUUUAUAAUGGGUUUAGUUUAAACGAACAUGGCGAAUUAGCUAACGCCAUCGAAAAAGUGGGACAAGCUGUUGACUCUUCUUUUAUGGCUACAGGAUCUUUGACUUCUUCACUUGAAGCUGAAUUCUCUGAACCAUUACAAGAGUAUUCGCAGUUUGCACAGGUUAUUAAACAGGUUCUUAAAUAUAGACACCUAAAACAUUUACAAAUGGAACUUACAGCCGAAACAUUGGAGAAGCAAAAAUUCAAUUUGGAAGUUUUGGAAAAAUCGGAACAAGAGUCAAAAAGGUUAGAAGAAGCUUUAGUUAAAGAUCGUGGCAUCCAAGAUACUUCCAUUCAGAGUACACAAUCUAAUCUUGAUGGUGAAAGUAAUGAAAAUACUAUCGGAGAAAACGGUCACCAUCAUGAGCAUUCGCAGAAUGGGGACUCACUAACAAUUACCAAAUCUCACCAAAAGAGGCGUAGCGGCUCGAAGCUUUUUUCUGUUCUUAGUCAUACAAUUCAUGGGAUUAUGGACGUUGAUCCGGAAGCUACUCGGAGAAAUAGUAUCGGGAAAACUAGAGAGUCUAUAAUCCAACUUGAAGAAGCUAAGGUAACGACUGCCGAGGAUUUAAAAAACAUCUCAGCUUCAAUUCAAGAAGAUUUGGACCGUUUUCAACGUCAAAAAAUUCGUGAUUUAAGAGAUAUGCUUUUAAAUUAUGCAAAGAAUCAUGUAACAUGGUGUAAAAAGAAUUUAAGUAGUUGGGAAGAAGCCAAGAUCGAGGUUAAGAAUGUUCAGAUAUAAACUGUUUUAAACUAUUCAAGAUUAUAAUAAGACAUGCAUUGCGUAACAGCUUAUUUAUAAAAAUUUGAAAGUAUUGAUUGAAUUGGGUAAAAAGAUAAAUAUUUCUUAAUUUAUUAUGGACAAAAUCCAAUUACCUUCUCUCUGCAAACCAGCUAUCUAUUAUUUAAUGACAUUCAUACGACAUUUGUCAAUUUAUCAAUAUGUUGUGUUCGGGAUACUGUACAAACAUGACUAACAUGAUAAAUUAUUAACAUUGAAAGGUGAUAGAUUAUCGUGAUAUAUAGGAUUUUUUUUUUUCUUUAUUACAUUGAGUAGCGGGACGACUUUAUCUUUAUGUUUUUAAAUAUUUUGAAAUUAGAAUAAUUUUGUACAAUUUUAUUAUUUCUCUGAUAAAAAAUAAAUUAUUAUUACAAUUGGGUGAGGCAUAUAAA